UGUGUGUGUGUGUGUGUGUGUGUAGGAGCUGUUGACGUGCUGUGAAGAAGGUAAAGGAGAGAUCAAAGAUGGCCUGGAGGUGAUGCUCAGCGUUCCCAAGAAAGCCAACGAUGCCAUGCACCUCUCCAUGCUGGAGGGAUUUGACGAAAACCUGGAGUCGCAGGGCGAGCUCAUCCUCCAGGACUCGUUCCAGGUGUGGGAUCCAAAGACUUUGAUCCGUAAGGGUCGGGAGCGCCACCUCUUCCUCUUUGAGAUGUCUCUGGUCUUCAGCAAGGAGGUGAAGGACUCAAACGGCCGGAGCAAAUACAUCUACAAGAGCAAACUGUUUACGUCAGAGUUGGGGGUCACGGAGCACGUUGAAGGAGACCCCUGUAAGUUUGCUCUAUGGGUGGGACGCACCCCAACUAACGACAACAAGAUUGUGCUCAAG